UCACUCUGUUUCUCAUGUCAUGGCCUAUAACCCUCCACUUGUUACCAUUACAUUAUUUUCUGUAAAUAUUAUUACUCAUUACAUAGUACUACAUCUUCAUAGUUGUUGAUGUUUUCCUCCUCUCCCUAGCUUUUUCUUUUCUCUCUCCUAUUCUGCAAUUUCGGAUUUUCCGGUAUUAAAAUGUUUCCAACUCCUCACUCUCUGUCUUUUUCAACAUAGAGAGCAUUAUUCGAUUUCGUAUUGCACUCUCUCAUCUCAUCUCCCAUUCUCAUUCUAGCUAACAUCCCCUUUUCUUCUUCUCACUUCUCUCCAAGUUUUUUCUUCACAUUUCUCUGCCUUUGAUCUGCACACACAACAACAUCCCUCUAAAAAACAUAGAGGGAUAAAAUAAAAACAUGAAGAAAUUUGUACUCAAGUUAGAUUUGCCAGAUGACAAGGCAAAGCAGAAGGCCCUGAAAACAGUUUCAACACUUUCAGGGAUUGAUGCCAUCUCUAUGGACAUGAAGGAGAAGAAAUUAACAGUGAUAGGAACAGUUGAUCCAGUGAAUGUUGUGAGCAAACUCCGCAAGUAUUGGCAGACAGACAUACUCUCAGUAGGUCCAGCAAAGGAGCCCGAGAAGAAAGAGGAGCCAAAGAAAGAAGAGAAGAAAGAGGAGCCAAAGAAAGAGGGUGAAGCCAAAAAGGAAGAGGAGAAAAAGGAAGAGCCUAAGAAAGAAGAAGAGAAGAAGGAAGAGCCAAAGAAAGAAGAAGAGAAGAAGGAAGAGGAGAAGAAGAAAGAGGCACCACCCCCUCCACCAGACCCAGUUUUAGAGCUGGUCAAGGCUUAUAGGGCUUAUAAUCCCCACAUGACCACAUACUACUAUGUUCAAAGCAUGGAAGAGAAUCCUAAUGCUUGUGUCGUUUGUUAAAUACCAAGCUGUGGAAGAAAACAUGAGGAAAGGAAGACAUAUAUAAAAAUAUAUAUCAAACUUUCUCUAUUUGCAAUGGAAUCAAUCAGGUCAAUUUCUCUUUCAUGAAUCCUGGGAGUUCAUAAUAUCAAGAUAGAAAGAAACAAACAAACUCCUUUGUAUAUAUUUUGGUGGUGGUGUCUCCUCUAGUUUUGUUCUGGGACAUUAGCAAUGUGUAGAGAGUAGGAAUAAAAUUUUGGGAGAUUUGUUUUGACAAUGAUCACAAAUGUAAUCAUAUACUAUUAUGUUAAUUUCCUUUUUUUUUUAAGUUGCUGCCUGCAUGUAUACAGUAUUAGUGGAAUCAGCAAUUAGUAAUUUUGUACGUUGCUGAUGCCAACAGGAAUUUAUGAGAAGAAAAAAAGAGAUUGAAAACGCCAA